AUCUCAGAAGUCCGGCUACUGCUGUGGCGAUGGAAGAUAGGCGAAGCUGUACAGCAACCAUUUUGAUUAAGGGAAGAAUCGUUUUAAAGUUAACGGGAAGGAGCCGGCAAGCAACCUCCAGAUCAGUUGGUGUGCCGUUUUUACAGUUAAUGAACUGUUUCGAGCUGCCAAUUAUGAUUGUUUUGGCGGUUCGGCAUCUCAGAACUGCAUUCUGCACGGGCGUGGUGGUGAAGCUGCAGGCGGACAUCUUUAUCAGCUGCAGUCCUAAGCCACGUGACAACAUUCUGUAUCCAGUCUAUUGGUUGUCAAGGAGCACGCGCUGCUGGAAUGGCCAAUCGCCUUGCGACGCCUCCCCACCCCGCCCCGCGCUGUCGCCAUCUUAACAUAGGGCAUUCGCGACAGCUGCAGGCACCAGUGAAGUGUCUAAGGGACUUUCUUGGUUGAGGGCGGAAGUGAGGACUAUUCGCACAGGCGGAGCCCACAGAUUUUCCCGGACCCACGUGGAAGCGGCGUUCAAGAUGCUGCGCCGCGAGGCCCGCCUGCGCCGCGAGUACCUGUACCGCAAGGCCCGCGAGGAGGCGCAGCGCUCGGCCCAGGAGAGGAAGGAGCGGCUGCGGCGCGCGCUCGAAGAAAACCGCCUGAUUCCCACUGAGUUACGCCGCGAAGCUCUGGCCUUACAGGGGUCCCUGGAGUUUGAUGAUGCUGGCGGUGAAGGCGUGACCAGCCACGUGGAUGAUGAAUACCGAUGGGCAGGAGUCGAGGAUCCCAAGGUCAUGAUCACUACCUCCCGAGACCCCAGUUCUCGCCUCAAGAUGUUUGCAAAGGAACUGAAGCUGGUGUUCCCGGGAGCCCAGCGAAUGAACCGAGGUCGACAUGAAGUGGGGGCGCUGGUGCGAGCCUGCAAAGCCAACGGCGUGACUGACCUGCUGGUCGUCCACGAGCAUCGAGGCACACCUGUGGGGCUCAUCGUCAGCCACCUGCCCUUUGGCCCUACUGCCUACUUCACACUGUGCAACGUGGUCAUGCGGCAUGACAUCCCAGACCUGGGCACCAUGUCGGAGGCCAAGCCCCACCUCAUCACACACGGCUUCUCCUCCCGCCUGGGCAAGCGGGUCUCUGACAUCCUCCGAUACCUAUUUCCUGUGCCCAAAGAUGACAGCCACCGGGUCAUCACCUUCGCAAACCAGGACGACUACAUAUCAUUCCGGCACCAUGUGUACAAGAAGACAGACCACCGCAACGUGGAGCUCACUGAGGUCGGGCCCCGAUUCGAACUGAAGUUGUACAUGAUCCGCCUGGGCACGCUGGAGCAGGAGGCCACGGCAGACGUGGAGUGGCGCUGGCACCCUUACACCAAUACCGCACGCAAGAGGGUCUUCCUGAGCACCGACUGAGCCUACUCAUCACUUAGUCAGGAUGUGGACUUGGAACUCAGGACGGGGACUCUCGUAGACAGACCCGCCAGGAGGGGCUCACCGACAGGCCCACUGAGCUGGGAUGUGGAACUGUGGCUGGUGAAGAGGUGUUAAUAAACCUUCUGCGUCACGUGGC